AUGACAUUAGAGGAAAUUCUUAAUUGUCUGCCGUGUAGCGAUCAGUUGCAGAUCUGGAAUUUUAAGGGUGGUCCAGUCAUCUGUUGGUCUGUGCUAACAUUCGCAGCUAUGUUUGCUUUUUAUAAAUGGCGUGAGGGACCCCGUUACACUGAGAAAACCCGUUUGGAUGGCAAAGUGGUGUUGAUAACUGGCUGCAAUACUGGUAUAGGCAAGGAAACCGUUUUGGAAUUGGCUAAAAGAGGAGCCAAAGUUUAUAUGGCCUGUCGUAAUUUUGAGAAAUGUGAGGAGGCUAGAAAGGAAAUUGUUAAGCUUACUGGCAAUACCCAAGUAUUCAAUCGUACUUUGGAUUUGUCCUCGCUAAGUUCGGUGAGGGAAUUUGCAGAGCAUUUCUUAAAAGAGCAGACACGUCUGGAUAUUUUAAUCAAUAAUGCAGGGAUACUAAGUACUAACCGCCAACUAACCCCAGAUGGUUAUGAGCAACAUUUGGCUGUCAAUCAUUUGGGUCACUUUCUUUUAACCAAUCUACUAAUGGACUUAAUUAAAGCCUCUGCUCCUAGUCGCAUAAUAGUGGUCAGCUCAUUGGCUUAUAUUCUGGGUAACUUUGAUAAGGAAGAUAUCAAUAUUGAAAAGGGUUAUACACGUUAUAAAGCCUAUGGACGCAGUAAAUUGGCCAAUAUUUUAUUUACCCGAAAAUUGUCUAGUCUGCUCAAGGAGUCGAGUGUUAGCGUUAAUUGUUUACAUCCUGGCGUAGUGCAAACGGAAUUAAUGCGCCAUGAUCCUCUUUUGAAUUUAUUUAGAUUCAUAUUAUCCAAGUUUAUAUUCCGUUCUACUAGGGGAGGAGCACAAACUACUUUGUUUUUGGCUAUGGAUCCUGAAGUGCAGUUUAAAAGUGGAGGUUUUUAUGACAAAAUGAAAUUGUAUCCUUUGCUGGCGAAGGCUAAAGAUGAUGAUAUGGCUGAUUGGUUGUGGCAGGAAAGUGAAAAUAUGGUGGGGUUAAGGAGAAAAUGA